GUAGGUCGGAGUGUACGCAUCGCGAUAUUAUCGACGGUAUUAUUUUUGUUAUUUUUGUUGUCUAUUAUUGUCGUGUCGGCGUGAAAACAGUGCGAUUCGAUCUUACGCCAUGUUGAGGACCGCAGACAUCGCGCAUCAGUUGCAACCCUAUUGCGACGUGUUCGACGACCCUUUCGGCGGAAUCGACGCGAGUCUGCAGUGGUACGAUGACAGCGGUUACGGUUACGUCGCGACGGAGGAACGGUCGGCCGACUGUCGGUCGACGGCGUCGGCCAGCGGCGGUAGCGAUAACAGUUUCAGUGGCGGCGGUGCAAAGGCCGACGCGGCGGGUAGCAGGAAGCGCCGUCGGUUAGCGGCAAACGCUCGCGAGAGGCGUCGCAUGGACGGCUUGAACAAAGCGUUCGACCGGCUCAGGGGCGUCGUUCCGGCGGCCGACGACGAGCGAAAGCUGUCCAAAUACGAAACGCUACAGAUGGCCCUGACGUACAUCGUGGCCCUACACGAACAGCUGGGAGGAACGCCCUCGAUGGCCAGUGGCAGUCCGAUCGCUACGAAGCCGCCUUCAGCGACGAAGCCGUCCGCGGCGUUGGAUACGCCCGCGUAUUACGCUCACUGCAGUGGCGUGCCGCCGCUGUGGCCAUCGCAACAACAGUAGACGACGACGGUACGUUACGGGCCACUAUAUAUUGGCGUAAUCUCGACGAAAAAACCUGCAAGCGCUGAAGCUCCUUAUUUUUAUUUAUUUAUUUUUUAUUUUUAGUUUGACUUAAAAAGCACUCUCGGUACUCACUAUUGUCGAUUUUCCCAAAAUGUAUUUUACCUAAUCAAUAUUAUUUUGAUUUCACGGUAUAUUAUAAUCAUUUUUAAUAGCUAAAUUCGAAUUAUUUUUCGAACAAAACACCGGUGAGACAUCAUUAUUAUUAUUUAUUUUUUUCUUGUGUAAAAUACUUUUGACGCGUUUACACUUCGUCGUGUUGUACAUUUAAAUUAUUUACGUCUGCGCGAACAAUAAUAUUCAAUAUUUGUUUUACCUUAAAAGUUAAUGACGACUCAAAACGGUUUUUGUUGACUGUUUGCCGAUAAGAUUCAUUAUUGAAGACCGCUUUACUUGUUCUCGUAUUAUUAUAUUAUAAUCUUAACUUAUACUAAAAAAAAAAAAUCAUGAUGUAGGUACUUUUUUAAAUCCCUGGCCGACCCGUUUAAAAAAUGUCACAUUACUUUAUGAAACUCUGAUUUAAUAUAGUAUGUUAUUAUAUGCGUGAAUGUAGUAGCAUUAUACCUGUACAGUUUUUAGAGUUUUUGCUACAUUAUCAUACUUUACCAAAACGAAUAACGAUCACACACGUUUCUAUAUUUUAUUUCAUAUUGUUUAUACAAAAUGGAAGUGGGUCAUUGUAUAGAUAUCAAUGUGCUGCAAAAAAAACAAAUAAAUAUAAUAUAGUCUAUAUUAUAAUAGUUUAUAUUAAUAUUUCGGAUAACAAAACUUGCAGGGCAUUUUAUACCUACUAUAAUAUAGUUGGGGAUUUUCUCCGAGUCGUCCAAAACAUAAAUUCUCGCAAAACUAAUAUACUGCAUUAUUGAACAUAGUUCAUACAUUAUGAGUUUUAGCACUCUGCAGUUUCUAAACUUUGAAAAUAACUUUUAAAAAAAUAUAAAAAAAUAAUGUGUUGUGAUAUUAUAAUUUCAAAUUAUAUAACGAUAGAUUUAUUUGUAUACAAAAAAAAAAGCUAAACUCAUUUGUAAAACAUUAUAAGUUAUUAUAUAAAUAAGUGUUAUUUUUUUUUCGUUUUAUUUAGAAUAUUUUGCGUAAAUUAAUAAUGUAGUAAUUUGUUUUUUUCCUUUUACAUAAAAUAUUGUCAAUAUCUUGUAAAUUACACAUAUUUGACUAUU